AUGCCUGCUGAGCUACUGACACGGGUUCUGUCGGAUCUGGAUCCACGGAAUCGACUCCAGAUCGCCCGCACGUGUCGACGGUGGGCACAGGUUGUUUCCGGUCUGCUGGACGAUGUCCGACUCGCGAUCACUGGGGCCAACAUGGAUAAGGCAAUACCGUGUAUAUUGAAGAGCGAUCGCAUUUAUAAUCACCUCAGCAUUUCAAGGGCCGAUCUCGACCAGUGCGAUCCCAAGUUUUGGAUAAAGGUCGGAGAAAACCUCCGGGAGCUUCGUCUCAGCAGAUGCACAUGGUCGCCUGCGGUUUUCUGCUCCAUCAUUCGGCGGUGCCCGAACCUGGAAACUCUCUCGUUCUCAGGUUUUUGGGAGGGAGACGGAAUUUUCGUCCCGAAGCGACCGGAGGAUGUCGUCCUCGAAGAGUUCCACCUAUCAUUCCUCAAAAUGAAUAGGCUCUUCCCGCGAGCUUACAUGUCGAGCAGUACAUUCGAUCGUUUGCUCGAGUUGAUGCCGAACUUGACGUCGAUUUCGACCCGCUGCUCCACGGAGCAGGAGCCUCGCUAUACACGCGCUCCAGACUCGAGCCAGCGCAUCCUGAUGCUCCUCACCGAUGAACAUGUAAUCAGUAUCGCAGAGAGAUUUUCGAAGACUCUCCAAGAGCUCCGAUUGGCGUGGUGCGCCGGUCUGACCGGUAGGGCUUACGCUGCCAUCGGCUGUCUGACGAACUUGCGGACACUGUCCCUCGCAUCCGCUCGGCACCUCGACGACUGUCAUUUGACGCAAAUCAUACGCAAUGCUCCAGACCUAGAGCACCUGUCUGUGACGGAAAUAACAGACCUCGUUUCUGACACUGCACUCGUGAAUUUGCGCGAUCUCAGAAAACUUCGGCGUCUCGGCAUGGAUUUUCCGCCCUCGAGUGAGGGCGAAUGGCUUCAAUACUUGGCGACCCUUGCGGGUUUCGAACGUCUCAAGUUACUCGACUACGAUUUCGAAGAAAGUUACGAAGCUUUCGAGAGCAUGGCUCGGCUAGCUAAUCUCAGAACGUUGACAUUGAUAAGGUGUUACUUCAAUCCCGCCUGCGAUGCGCACGUGAGCAAGAUCAUUCUGCUGGAGAAUCUGCAGACCCUUAAUUUCUACGGAGAAGAAGAGGAUUGCUGCGACUCCUGUCUCGGGGCCCAAGCCUGCUGUAAUAUGAGCCUGCCCGAAAGUCCCCCGAGGCAUGAAGAGCUCCUGGCCCUCCCACCGCGUGAGGGCCGGCUCCGGACCCUUCAUCUUUACCGCUGCCUGAGAAUCACCAACGUGGGUUUGAUUUCUCUUCUUCGCGGCGAGCCUUUUCUCGAGAGUUUGCUAGUACAAUCAUGCCCUCUGAUAUCGGGCAGAAGUCUCAGGGCACUCGAAACCCUGUGUCCUCGCCUUCGUUGCCUAUUCGCUGAACCUUUCGCUGACGCCGUCAAGAGAAGCUUCCAUGAGCGUCGACCAUCCGUCACAUUAUUCGGACACUGUUGAAGCACAGCUGGCUAUCAACGAUUCCGGGAAAACGUCGGCAGGUACCAUCACGUCUCCGAGCCGGAAGAUGUCAUGAUCAAAACCGAAGUUGGGUUUCCUCCCAUUCUUGAUGGAGGAGGAGGUCAAUCCUUCUCUGAAAGGACAGGAAGGGGAGGAGGGAUGCGAGCCCCUAUGGAGAGAUCACCGAUCCUAUGUCAAUCUCGAGUAUGGGGCCCUCACCAUGCGGUCCGAGGAUCUCGGGAUGGAAGAAGGGAAGAAACGAAGUCAUGCACCAUGAUGGGAUACGGUUUAUUGGUACGAGGGUAGAAGAAGA